AUGUCUGGAGACGAACUUGCAUCGAAAAAAGUCUUGUUGUCCGGGGGCAGCGGCUUUGUUGGUGCCGCGAUAGCCAGAGCACUUGCCGAGAAACAUCCCCAAUGCUCCCUGACCAUCAUCGACUUGAAUCCUCCUGGGACUACCAAUCUUGUGCCGGAGGGCAUUUCCUUUUCCCGGGUUGAUGUCACCAAUGAGGCGGAAGUCAGCCAGGCGAUGAAACAGAUCAGACCAGACAUCGUUAUUCACACGGCCGGGAUCGUUCCACGCGUCAGCGAGCGAUUCGGUAGAAGACUAGAAGGUCUAACCCGAAAAAUCAAUGUUGAGGGAACCAGGAACAUGCUGGAGGCGGCGAAAUGGAGUGGAGCCAAGGGCUUCAUUUACACAAGCACUUGCUGCGUCGUAACAGACUAUCUGGACAUGCCGUUUCCGAACAUUGACGAAAGGUGGCCGGCGCCUGCUUCGUCACUGAUAUAUGGCGAAUCAAAGGCUGCUGCGGAGGCACUGGUUAUCAAAGAGUCUAACGACGCGAUGGCUACCUGUUCCCUCCGGCCUUCCGUGCUCUGUGGACCCGGUGACAACUUGCUUGUCCCUUCGAUUCAUGCAUGUAUUGCCAAGGGCGAAACGCCUUUUGUUAUCGGGGACGGGUUCAACCUGUGGGACGUGACCUAUGUCUCUAACGUUGCAGAUGCCCAUGUUUUGGCUGCUGAGAACUUGAUGUCUUCGAGGACUGCCGCUGGUGAAGUCUUCUUCAUCCAAAACAACGAGCCAAUCACUUUCAGGGACUUUUGCCUCUCCGUAUGGGCUCACUUCGGCCACAUACCAUCUUUUGAAGUUCCAGUUCCCAGGGCAUUGGCCUACUUCGCGGGCUUGAUGUCCGAAUGUUUGACCUGGGUUAUGGGAACAACAGCUACUCUGAGCCGCGGCAGUGUCAAAGAUGCAUGUUCCAUUCGCUAUGCUAGUGAAGAAAAGGCAAAGAAGAUUUUGGGGUACGAAGCUCGUAUUGGACUGGAAGAUGGGAUUCGCUUGAGCUGUGAGGAUUAUGCCCGGCGUCUAAGCAUAAAGUUACCGGCUCAGAAGCAAUCGAAAAAGGAAGAAUAG